UGUGGUUGUUUUUCUUCGGUUUUUCUAUUUCAGCUUCAGUGCAGUUAAUAUUAAAUAUGUUGUGCAGACUGAAAAUGAAAAACCAUUGAAUAUAAAUGAGUAUCUAGUCUUCAUCGUGUGUAGUGUAUAAGCAUAAAUUGACAUGACUUCUAGUCCUUUUCGGAGGUUGUGCCACUGGGGCCCAAUUUCGGUUUUAGUUAUAAUAAAGCUGAUAACAUGGGCUAUGAUCCACAUGCUGGGCAUGUGGUGGCCGCCGCACGCGUCGCUGGGCGGCUUCGUGCACGCGGCCAUUUUUCUUGCCUUCGCUGCGGCUACGCUUUACUAUUUCCUCCAAUCGUUGCUGGAAGGACCGGGAUUUGUUCCUUAUGGAUGGAAACCAGCAAAAGAAGAAGACACACAGUUUCUACAGUUCUGUAACGUGUGUAAUGGUUACAAAGCUCCAAGAUCACAUCAUUGCAGGAAAUGUGGGCGGUGUGUUAUGAAGAUGGAUCAUCACUGUCCGUGGAUUAACUGCUGCGUGGGGCACCGUAAUCACUGCUACUUCGUGAUCUUCCUGGGCUCUGCCACCAUCGGUUGCUUGCAAGCUGCCAUAGUACUCACAAUAUGCGUGUAUCAAGUGAUCAAUCGUAUCGCUAACAUCCAGAGCAGGACUGAGCGAGAUCCAGCGAUAUACCUGACGGUCAGCACGUUUGUGCUGACGCUACUUGCUUUAGGCAUGGCUCUGGGGGUUGUAUUGGCUGUCGGGGCCUUAUUGUACAUACAGGUCAGGAGCAUCUUCCGAAACCGGACCACGAUCGAGGACUGGAUCAUGGAGAAGGCGGUAGGGCGGCGCGUUAUAGGCGGCGUGGCGCCCUUCAUGUAUCCCUACGACUUGGGCUGGCGACGCAACGCAACUCUGGUUAUCAAUUCCGCGCGACACGACGGCAUCGCCUGGCCGCUGGCGCCUGGCUGCGGGCAGUAUGACCUCACUGUGAGUUUUGCCAUGUUACCGCUCUUCACGUAUCCCUACGAUCUGGGCUGGAGACGUAACGCAGUUCUGGUUAUCAAUUCCGCGCGACACGACGGCAUCGCCUGGCCGCUAGCGCCUGGUUGCGGGCAGUAUGACCUUACUCGCGAGCAGCAAGCCCAAAAGCAGCUGAAAGCGCUGCGCUCCCGCGUCGUAGUAUCGGUAGCGUCGUACAGCGGGCGCUGGCUGCCGGCGCAGUACCCGCGGGCCGCGCUGCACGCGCCGUGCACGGACGAGCCGCGCUUGGCGCUACGCCCCGGGACCUUGCUACGGGUCACGCGCCAUAGGAAGUACUGGAUGUUCGGCGCAAUGGUCGAGUCAGAGGGUGAAGAGGAAAUCCGCGGGCCUCGUGGCUGGUUCCCGCGCGCCGCCGUCAGGCCGCUUCAUGACAAGCCUGAGUAGCGCCAUCAUAAGCCUGAGUAGCGCCACCACAAGCCCGAGUAGCGCGACCGCAAGACCGAGUAGCGCGACCACAAGACCGAAUAGCGCGACCACAAGACAGAAUAGCGCGACCACAAGACCGAGUAGCGCCAUCAUUCGCGGCUCUUUAGCUUGCCACUCACACUGGCGGGUAUUGUGAGGUAGGUGUAGUAUCCACCUACCUAUGAAUAUAGGUACAGUCGACAGCGCAUCAGACUGUACAUUUUUGACGCAAAUUAGCUCUUAUAACUAUUUUAACACAGUGUACUGCUUGAAGUGCCGUUGUCUGUACCCACGAACUUGAAACAACUGAUUUUGAUUAUAAUCGCCGUUGCCAAGGCAAUGAUAUGAAGGAUAGAGUAUGCGCACAAUUUUUUGGCGCUGACUGAAUAAGUCGUUGACUGUCGAGCCGAGAAACUAGACACAAUAGAAUUUUUAUAGCCUCGGCUCCUCACUGGCGAACCGUGUGGCGUCAAAAGUGAUAAUAUAAUUUUCUAUGUGUAGAAUAAACGAUGCAAUGCUCUACAUCUAUUUUGACAUAUUUUCCAUACAAAAAGUUACAGUAUGUUUUACUAAUUCAGAUAAAGGUACCAAAUAAAUCAAACUAUUUUAAAGUACCUACUAUUUUAUGCCCUACCUCUGUAUAUAGCUGGUAAUCCGCUAGAAUAUUAUUAGAAAAGACAAUGCUUACGUAACGAUUAUAAAUGGCUUAGAAUAACGGUAUAAUUAUUUUUUGGAUGAAUUUUUUUACACAACGAAUCCGUAUUUUGUCAUGUUUUUGAAAUCUCCGGUGUUAUAUCAAAUGUGCUUGAAUGAUGUAAAAUUAAAUUGUAAAUGACUUUGCUUCAGUUCUAGGAUUUAGGCAUCGAAAUUGAUAUUUUAUUAUACUUAUUAAGUAUUAUGUAAAUAUUAUUACGAAAUAGUUACGCGAAAUAUUAUAUUCCCCAAGGGUUCUAAGCGAUAUUAAUCCUUUUUAAUUUUUAAAUAACGACCAAUAUUUUCGAUCUCAAAGUAAAAUAACAACUAAAAGAAAAUUAUAACACCCCUCUUUUUACGUUGGGGAUUGAUAAAUACUUAGAUAUUUUUAUGCAAUGUUAUUCUCGUAAGUGAUAGGUUGUUUCCUGGAUGAAAAAUAAACAAAAUCUACAAUGUCUUCUCCGUAAUGAUCAUACAAACUCAA